AUGAGUCCGCCCCUGCAAUAUGGAGUGACUGUCGAGAGGGAAGAACACGGAGAGCAUGAUGUGCACGUAAAGCAGGAAGAACAUCCUGAGAAAUCCGCUCCGACUCUUGCUCCAAAGGCUGAGCCCGCCAAUCACGCCACCAUUGUCCCUCAGGAAGCAAAUAGAAAGAACCGAAAUAAGAAGGCUCCAAAGUUAGCUCGCAGUGACCCCGCUGGUGGUUUCUCGACCAAAAAACAGAGACGUGCGCUAUAUGUCAGCAACCUCGAAAAGGAAUUGGCCAGACUUCGUCAACAGCUUCUGAGAAAGGUACCUCUGGAGGAGAUUGAAACCAACAAAAAGAAGGCCGACACAAGCACAAGUUUGAGAAUGGAGAUCUUCCAGCUAAAGAAACAACUGAAAGAUGCACAAAGGGAUGGCGAGAAUGCUAGACGCGAUCUACGACCGUACAAGAACAGCAUAGCGCGCGAGAAAGAACAGUUUGAAGCCGCUUUGAACGAGAAAUUUGAGGAGAUGAAGGCAGACAACGGCAUGCGGGCCGGCAAGCUUGAGAACAAACUUGAACAAGAGAAAGCAAAGACCGAAGAGGCGCACAGGCUUUUUCGCGAAAGCGUGAAGUUGGUAGCACAUAUGACAAGCUUGUUGAAAGGCCAAGGUGGAUCGGUACACUGA